GGAGCCCGUACCGGGUACACGUCUCCUCGUUACAGAAACGCGUUAUCGUGUCAAACACAUAAACAAUUAUCAGCAGUUGAUGUUAUCUGACUGAGAAGAAAGAAAUCAACGCUGUACUGAGAUGAAAACAUGAGCCAUUAACAUACAACAACAAAAUAUAUAUACAAAAAUACAUAACUACAUGUACAGACAAUAAAUUAAGCCAAAUUAUUUACAUAUAUUUAUUGCAUAUUCAAUUAAAUAAUAUAUUUAAUAGUUAUAAAAUUUGAAUAGUGAUUCACGUUUAUCGAUAAAAAAAAAUCGAUAAAAAACUAAAAUGAGUUCCGAAUCGCCAUCUUCAGCGAAAAAAUUGAAUUUAGAAAGAGCUUCGAAUUUCAUGAGACAAUUCCGAGAUCCGGAUUCUAGAGAAUUGAAAAAACUGUCCGCAAAUCAAUUCAUGGAAGUGUGGAGUCACUACGAUGGAGAUGGUAAUGGCUACAUUGAAGGCACGGAGUUGGACGGCUUCUUGAGGGAAUUCGUUUCCAGUGCUAACUUCACGGAUAUAAGCCCGGACGCGGUGUCAGACUCGAUGCUGGUGGAACUGAAGGCCUGUUUCAUGGAAGCUUACGACGACAACCAGGACGGAAAAAUUGAUAUACGAGAAUUAGCCCAACUGCUGCCAAUGGAAGAGAACUUCCUCCUGCUCUUCAGGUUCGACAAUCCCUUGGAAUCCAGUGUGGAGUUCAUGAAAAUCUGGAGGGAAUACGAUACUGACGGCAGCGGAUACAUUGAAGCUGAUGAGCUUAAGAACUUUCUCCGAGAUUUGCUGAAGGAAGCGAAGAAAAUUAACGACGUAUCUGAAGACAAACUCAUCGAGUAUACCGACACAAUGCUCCAAGUAUUUGAUUCAAAUAAAGAUGGCCGCCUUCAACUGUCGGAAAUGGCGAAGUUGUUACCGGUAAAGGAAAACUUCCUGUGCCGACAGGUGUUCAAGGAGGGCAUAGAGGGCGCAACAAAAUUAACAAAGGACGAUAUCGAACGUGUUUUCUCUCUUUACGAUAGGGACAAUAACGGCUCUAUCGAAAAUGAGGAGCUUCGUGGAUUUCUAAAGGAUCUUUUAGAACUUGUUAAAAAAGAUUACGACGCACAGGACCUCCUCGAGUUCGAAGAAACAAUUCUCCAAGGAGUAGAGUACAGUAGCGAAGGGAAAAUCAGUAGGAAACAACUGACAAUGAUCCUUCUAGCUCUGGCUAAGCACAAUCAAGAAGAAGAAGUCUCGACUCCAUAAGAAAAGCCAAAAAAACACACCACUCCGUCCCAGUAGUUCAAUGAAAUAAAAUCUGUAACAGACGAGCUGAGAUUCGUUCCUUGAAAGAUUUCCUAAUAAAAUUUCAAUACAAAUUUCCCUUCUAUAUUAAAUGUUACGUGGGCUGAUCGAGAAUUAAACCCAAGUAAUAGUUCAAAUUGACGCGCUGUUCUGGAUGAAUAGUACUGAAUACUGCAAUUCCUUGUACUUAUGAAGUAAAUACAAAGGAAGUGUCUUGUACUUAAGUUCUUUAAUACCUACAAAAUGUCGUCCUAUUGUAGCAGUGAACUUUACGUUACGUGGUGAUGGUUAUCUUAGCAGUGGUGUAGCAUGGGGGGGCGGAGGGUGCGUUCAGCACCGGGCGGCACUUUGCCGGGGGCGGUACUGCGGAGGUUUAACUUAUUUUAAAGAAAUUAUUUUUUUUACCUCACACGGUUAAUAGUUAAUUUUUAAAAUAAAGUUUCACUUGCUCUCACCUAAAUAAAUCAAGUGAGUUCAAACUCGAUAAAAAAUUAACGAAAACGUCAAUCUACAUGCGUAAAUCUUUCAAAGUACGAGUAACACACUCGUACUACCAAAAUGUCGAAAACCGCCCGUUAUGUCGACUUCAAACUCGAUAACGAUUGCAAAAAUAAGAGGGCGGCAAAUUUGUAAUCCGCACCGGGUGCUAGUGAUCGAUGCUACGCCACUGUAUCUUAGGCCACAUUUGUGAAUAUUUGCUAUUUAAUACUGCACGUGAUAUCUGUCGUGAUAUUUCUGUCUCACUGUUAGUUGGAAACUGUAACAGUGGAAUUCAGAGCUGGUGGCCAAUCAACUUAAAAAAAUGUCGCUUUCGAAUAUCGCAAUUGAAUCGAAAACGUAAUCACUGACCGUGAUUUUUCCAUUCUACUGACAUAACGAACGAAUCGUUCCGAAGUCUACCGACUUAAAAAGACUUAAAGAGAAUCGGAAACUUAUCUUGGCUGUUACAAAUUAGUAGGAUUGGUCCCAUGGUCAGGGAAAAUAUCUCAUGGCUCUCCACGAUACACAAACUCUUCACAAUAAGCCCGCGUAUCAUUAACCUUGAACUGAUAUAAUGCGCAAACGAUUUGUGCAAAUUAUUAGCUCGUCCAUUACAGUUUAAUGCAUAUGUUGCCAUAGUUUGAUGAGAUAUUGUCGUCGAAAUGACAUAGAAGGGCUUGAGCGAUGGAAAAUAAGUUAGUGCCAAUGUCGUACAAAUAAAUCUAUGAUUAGUUUUUGACAGGAAAUAAUAUUCCUGAAACUUCAAUUAUUAUAUGCGUAUAUAUGUAUGCGUAAAAGUAUUCUCUAUAGAUCAGAUUUAUUUCAAAAGAAAGAAGACCAUGUGAAGAACUAAACCAGCAUAUUCUUUGAUGAAGAUACAAAUAAACAUUAUUAAGCAAUUUCGAUUUUAUAUUGUGGCAAAGUUAAAAGGCAUAGUUUUUCUGACAAGUACAUUUUUGGGACUUUCCUGUUUUCCCCUUUGCUUUCUGUCUCUGAAAUAAUAAACAUAUAACCUACACAUACAUCGCUCAAUCCAUUCUACGUUUAUGAUCGUUGUAGUAGAAAUACUGGUGUCGUGAGACAAUUGCACAGAUUAAAAAUAAUUUAAAUUUGUACAAUUGACUAACGAUUUUUUUUUUUUUAAAUAAAUAUCGUAUAUUUUGUAUCAUCGUAAUUGCAUAUGUAGAUUUUUUGUUUAGUUUCAAAUGGAUGUCAUAUAUGUAUGUGUUUAUUUUAUAUAGAAAGUUGUUUUAUGUGUAGAUUUUUCGUGUCUAUAAUAACUAUGAAUAUUGCACAUUAGUUUAUUAACUAUAGCGGCCUGUUUAUUUAGUUUCGUUUUAAAAAAUAUAUAAAAAUGUUUAUUAUUAAGGGAAGGUUAUUACAAAUGUCAUCAUUGUGACGCCAAAACGUAUGCCAAAUAUUUAAAAAGAACAUAGAUACUAUUUUCAUAAUAUUCUUAUUUCAAAAAAGUACAUUUUCCAUAUAUACUUAUUUAACAAAAUACUUCGUUGCUCGUAAAAAAAUAAAUUUAAGAAAAACGCCAUAUGCACAAAUGUUUGUUUUAGAGGAUAAUAAAUUUAUUUCGUUGGGCUAUGAUAAAUUCACAUUAUAAUUGAUGAAUUUGAAGUUAUAAAAAUAUGGAGGUUAGAAGCCAAUAAAGUUCAUUUCAAGAAACGAGCUCCUAAAGUUAAUGUUCAAUGGUUAAUACGCGUAAAUUCAAUUUUUUAAAUCAUUUCUUAGGAUUGUCUUACAUGACGAAUUUGUCUCGCUAUCUCUUACCUCUCGCUUUGACCAAUGACGUACGAGUAUUUUAUUCUGUAGGAGUUCGAUUCGUGGAAUGGACUAUAGUGUGAAACUAAGGUAAGGGUCAACCAGGUAAGGGCUCGGACCCGUGUCUACGGUGCGGCGCCGUUUGCCGUACAACGGUACGGCACCGCCAUCGGCAGAUGGCGCCGUGUCGCACCACGGCAUCAUUUACCGGCACGUGCUCACUAAUAUUGUGUUGUCAGUUGCAUAGUGCGGUAAUUUUUUGCAUAAAAUGGCGGAAGAUUUAAAUUUAGACUUUUUGAUUUCACUAGUGGAAGCACGUCCCGUUCUAAGGGACAAGUCAAAGGAAGAUUAUAAAAAUAAAAAUUUUAAAAAUGGCACGACGCCGUGGCUCCGUACGGCACCGCAUCGUAGAUAUGGUUCAACGUCCUAAGGUUUGUCCUUUGAGACGAACUGUUUUGAGGGACACAUUUUAGAAACAGAUACUUCUUAUCACUACACUUAAGCUGUUAAAUAUAUCAUCUAAGGCCGGUUAGCAAAAGUGACAAAUCGGUUCUACAAUUAUUAAGUGUAUUUUGACUAAGCCCACGGAACUCGUUACAUUGUUACAAAAGUGAAGUGUUUAUUAACGAUUCCAUAUCAAAUUGUAUUUCGUUUCGCAAUAAAUUCGUUUUAAAAUAUUAACUAAAUCUACGGUUACCAAUCCUAGGCAGUUACGUUAUUUAAUGUCCGGCCGAGGUGAGAAAAUGCUUUCCUAAUAAGUCUGAUGUCAGGUCCGUGGUCAAGUAGACAAGUAAGUUGUAAGUUAAUGUAAAGGCGAAGAGUUCACGAUAAAAUAUUAUACUUAUUUAUUUGCCCUUACAAAUAAUCAUAUCAUUAUGUCAACUUACAAUAAUGUUAUGUUUUUUGCGAUAAAUUAAAUUUUGAAAUAAGAAAACAAAAUUAUUAUUUUUUAAUUUACACUAUGACAACUGACAAGGAUAUAAUAUCAAGAUCAAUUGGCAGACUUCAGGAAAACAAUCUCUCAUUGGCCGAACUUGAGACGUGAAACCCAUCAGGUAUUUGUUGCCAUAGUAAAAUUAAAAAACAAAAGCGUUUUUUUGUCUUUGCGCAUUAAUCAUUAAUAAAAAGAAAUUAAAGAAAUUAACUGGUUGUAAAAUAACGUUAUAUUUGAAGGCUGUUCUAAUAAAUACGUAUAAUUAUAUUAUAUAUAAUAGAAUUUUAUAUAUCAAUAUAUUAUUAGUUGUAUAUUAAUGUUGUGAUGUUAGCUUUGUAUAGACGUGGAUGGAUUUAAUAUUCUUGUUAGGUCAAAGCCACACAUGCGUGAAAACGCUAUUAAAGUGUUUUAUUGAAAUUAAAUCGAAACUUUAAGAAUUUGUCACAAUUCUCGAAACACAUUUAAGCGUACCUUUAAUAUUAUGUGAAUUCCCUAAUCUGUAAUUGAUUCUGGGGUAUACUAGGGCCGAGUUGUUCUGUACAAUCGUUAGUUAUUUUACCACGAAACAUCGUAAAUUGCAAAUGUUAAUUGACGUAUCACAAAAGUGAUAACGUGCCAACGGGUAGGCUAUUUUAUCGUUUAUUUCUACAAAUUAAAAAGUUUCGGGCUCUGGGUUGGUUUUAAAAUAUCCAAGUACAAUAAUUGAACUUUAGAAUAUAUAUAAUUGUCAAAUUUCUUCACACAAGCACCCAUAAUUGCAAAUUGAAAAUUAAAUUGUUAAUUAAGUUGGUGUUUAUGCUAUCUAAAUGUUUUAGAAAUGUUAAAUGGGUAAUUAAAUAUAUUAAAUGUUUAGCUAAGCUAAAUUAUUUGUAACUUAUGGGCUAAGCAAGGUUAUUUCACAAAAAACAACCAACAUCUCCUGUCUAGAAACUUCAAAAUACUAGCUUGAAUAAGUUCCACCUAUAUUGUAUUUUUUUAAAUUGGAAUAGUAUACUUACUAAAAUAUUAAUAAAGUAUAAUAUCAAAUUAAGUGCAUUAUA